AAUCACAGAGCAGAGAGGACCCGCGCUGUUUGGCGCUGGUCGCCUCUCUGCCGCGACGUCUUGUUGACUCUGAACGGAGAUCUGCCGCUCUGCUGCCGCUCUGCUGCCGCUCCCUGCCGCUGCAGCGGACGUUAGCAGCCGCUUCUCCCCGGCUCAGAGGUGCUGCAGAACCGAGCCAGGACCCGGACUAAGAUCCGGACCAGGAUCAGAGCCAGGACCCGGACUAAGAUCCGGACUAGGACCAGAGCCAGGACCCGGACUCAGAUCCGGACUAGGACCAGAGCCAGGACCCGGACUCAGAUCCGGACCAGAGCCAGGAUCAGGACGAACCGAGGCCUGUGGCUCCUCCUCCUCUCUUCCUCUCCUGCAGCUCUCUUCAGAUGGAGGACUCGGAGGCGGAGCUGGCGGUGUCGGAGUCAGACGCCCUGGGCGCAGACUUCAUCACGGUGGAGCUGGACACGCAGCCCAUCGAGUACGUGGUGAAGUGGGCCGAGGUCGGCUCCAAGUUCACCAUUUCCUGCGUGAAGAAGGACUCUGAAGACGCAUCGGACCUGACGGCUGACCAGCUGAAGAUCGAGACGGACGAGGCCUUCUUUGCUCCGUACGAGGAGGUGUACCCCUGUGAGGUGACGGAGCAGAGUGUGGAGAUAAAGACGGACUCUGACGAUGAGGAGGAAGACACCGAGGAGGAGCAGGAGGUGCUGGUGGAGGCGGGGAGCAGCCAACUGGACGGCGAGGUUGACUCGGACCAGGCCGACUUUGAGUCGGACGAGCGGCAGUACCGCUGCAGCUACUGCAGGAAGUGCUAUAGCCACGCCUCCAGCCUGUACCGCCACCAGCAGACGCACACCGGGAAGAACGCCGGUGCACCACCACCCACCGAACGGACGCUGGAGCCGACUCAUCAGGACGCACGCUACACCUGCCCCCACUGUGGGAUGAGCUUCAAAGGCAGCAGGAUGCUGGGGAGUCACCUGCGGCUGCACGGGAAGCGGCGGAUUCACCCCUGCAACAUCUGUGGGAAGGAGUUCAACCACAGCUCAAGCCUGUCACGCCACCGCCUCAUCCACAAGAAAGGAAAAGGAAUCCCUAAGGAUGCCACCCUCAGCCCCACCGUGACCUCCCUGCGCCAUUCGCUGAAGGCAGGCAGGAAGAACAAGAAGACCAAGAGGCAGCAGCAGCACGUAGCAGCCGCCAUCGUUCAGAGUCAGGGUGGCGACAAGUUCUACGCCUGUCCGCAGUGUGACAUGAGCUUCAGGACGUCCACACAGCUGUCCAAACACCAGGUGACCCACGUCAAGGAGCUGCUGGACAACUACACGCCGGGUAAAGAAAACCUGGGCGAGACCUCGUCCGACCUCAAGAUUCGCCUCAAGCUCUGCUCCCGGGACAAGCCCAACUUCUACACCCUUUGUAAGAAGAACCGGCGCCGGGCGGGCCGUGCCGGAAAACGGGGUUCUACGACCUCCGAAGAGGAGGAGGGGGGAGGAGCCAGUCAUCACGGCUGCAGCCUGUGUGGGAAGCGCUUUAGCCACGCCUCCAGCCUGGCACGGCACCAGCAGACCCACAGGGCGGGGGAUGGCGGGCGGGGGAAGCUGCAGCAGCACCAGAAGCAGGUUCACACGAAGUCCGGACUCCCUGCUGCCAAGAACAAGACCUACACCUGCGCAGCCUGCAACAAGACCUUCAUGCACUCGUCCAGCUUCUCCCGCCACAAGAAGGCUCACGUGGAGGAGGAGCAGCGGGCCCACGCCACCACCGCAACCAAGCACCGGAAGAGACCCAUUUUAGACGAGACCGCCCCAUUGGAGUCCGACACAGAGUGACGCUGACCAGCUCUGGGUUCAGGACCUGCGCUUAGUUGGUUCUGAAACUGCGUUGGUUCUGAACUGGUUUGAGACCACUUCUCAAUAAGUCCUUGACCAGUUCUGGGCACCUGGACGUCCAGACUUUGGGACCUGGUUGGUUCAUCUCUGUAGAUAACAGCAGGACGUCCUUAUAUGGUCAAAUCUGAUGGUUAGAUUUAAAGUGCCCCCCUCAGCCCCCCCAGCCAUGUUUCCCAUCAGGCCCGGGACUUCUGUCAGCUCGCACAGCAUUCUGGGAAACUGAUCGUAUGGAAGUUUAUUUACUACGAAGUUUUAGAUCCUGAAACUCGUUUACAUUUUAUUUAUUUAUUCAGAAUCCCACUUUGUUUUUCUCAGAAUCAGCUGAUGUUUGUCGUUGAUAAACCUUCGUACGAGUCGGAGCAGCGACUCAUCUCCGUGUUUUUCCCUCUGUGACAUCAAGGUCCACUUCCUCCCUGAGUGAUUCUGAUUGGCUGACGUUCUCAUUGGUUAUCUGUUAAAUCAGUUUUAAAUUGUGAAACCGGAGACGAGUAGAUCGCUCCGCCUUGCUCCACAUUAACAUUUGCAUGAAGACUAUUACCUGCAGCUUGUCGGCCAUAUCUGUAGUUUUUCAGCAGGGUUUGUUUGACCUGCAGCGUCAGAGCGAUGGCGGCGGUUGAACAGGAAACUGCACUACGUAUUUAUGAAUUUGGAACAAUGUUAAUAUAUAAAUAUAAAUGGUAUUUAAAUGUUAAAAAAAAAAAACAGAACGCACCCUCGAUACCACAGCGACAUUCAUCGUUAAUCGUCAUCAUCAUCAGACGUCCGUUUACAAAAAUAAAAGCCUGUAGAUCAGAAAUAAGACUAUUAUUUCACUGAACAGACAUUGAAAUCGGGCGGGGGGGUGGAGACAUUGGCGACUUCUGUGAUGAAACAGGUGAAAUGUGAGAACUUUCGACUGAAAAAGACUGAAAAAGACAAAAGUGAAGGUCGUAUGAUGAUGUCACACGGUACUGGUCAACGUCUUGGACCGACCUCUCGCGGUGUUUCCUCGCCGUCAGACGGCAGUUGAUUGGACGUCAUUUGAUGAUAACAUGUUUGAGUGUGUGAGCCACAGGUCGUCGGGGUCACGUUACAAACCUACCGUAUAACCCCCCCACCCCCCCUUGUUUUUGGACACUGUCCUCGUUCGUCUGUUUCACAUUUAGCUCCAUGUGGUUUUGUUUGUUCACCUGCAGGUCGUGGUCGUCGUGUUGUGUUUGAAUAGAAUAAAACCUGUCGACAUGUUUUCUCUUGUGUUUUGUAAUAAACAUUUAAAAUAAG